UGGAAAUUAUUGUGCUCAUUUUAAUGUAUCAUGCGAUUAAUUAAUUUUUUGCUUAUUGCGACAGGCCUCAGUGUAGUGUUCAUGGUUGUUUUAUCAUUUGAAGUGGAAAUCUGUGAUUCUAUAAUUAGAUUUAUGUAAUUCAGAAAGUCACACCUGGGCACCAGGAGUUUGUGCGUGUGACUGCGAGACUUUUUUUAGGAUCUCAGGCAUCUGAUAGCUGACUAACCAGUGACGUUGUUGACAUCAACGACUGCAAAUGUUAUCAGACUGAGACUAAAAUAGCCUGCAUGAUGUCACAAAGACACAAGUUUAAAAGACGACAGCAAAGGAGUAUAAUGAGGCUGCAGAUUAGAGCAAAAAUGUCUGAAACUUUCUGAUGUUGCUCUUCUCCAUCAUUUCACUCUGUUUUAUACCAUCCAAAACAUCCAGACGUCAGCUUGGCCAAAAUGUUUUGUUGGCAGUGAAAGCAGGAAAUAAUGAACUGAAGCAGUUUUGUAAUAUGACAGAAUUAGACUUCCUUAUGAAGUUAGGGAGAAGGUUUAAGCAGUCGGACUGAAAAAGUCAUUCCAAAGACGUUUCCUGAGUUACAGUGCACUGUAAAAGUUUGCCCAAUUACAGAUUUCUUCAAUCUACCCACUGCCUACGUUGGUCUACACAUGCAGAGAGGCCAUUAACUAACAUGCGAAAAACCCGGAGAAAAACAACACACCCGCAGGGAGACCUAAAGUCAAACUCAGAACCUGAUUGCUGUGCAAAAACCUGUCCAACCUUGCAGCCUUUAACUACAACCCAUAAAAACUGUUUAUAUCAGACAAAGAAAGAGACAGAGAAAAUACAAAAUAAAUUUAAAAUGAUGAUUUAUAACGAAAAAAGCAAAAAACCAUGGGAGCACUGGGAGCCAGAGAACAAAAAACAUCAGGAAUAAACAAAGGCAAAAGGAGCAAAAUGGGAUUAAACAGGAGAAACCAGUGAGGAGGAAUGAGAAAAGGGGAGCAAAGUACUGAGAUUAACUAACAGGUUGCAGGUGUGAGGGGAGAGAGAGAGACAGUGGCACAGGGGGCGAGGGAGAGUAAACGGGAACAGGAAAUGGAUCUAAGAGCAACAAGGAAUAACUAGAAACAAGGAAGAAAUAAACAAAAUAAACUAAAACAAACUGAACAAAGUCGAUCUAUUCAAAGAAAGAGACUAAGAAACACAGAAUAAUAAUAAUAAUAAUUAUUAGUAUUAUUAUUAUUAUUAUUAUUAUUAUAAUAAAGUAGAAUCAAAACAACUUAAAACAGCUCAGGAUCUGAUAUUAUCACCUGGUGAUAUUGUAAUGUAGAGCUGAGCAUCACCUGCGUAGCUAUGGUAGCUAAUCUUAUUGCUUAUUGUCUGAGAUAGUGGAAGGGUCCUAGGAUUGAACCCAGAGGUACCCCACAUGUGAAAUACGUUUAAAUGAUUCAUCCUGUUUAUGUUUGCUUGUUUAGUCUUUCCAUCUAAUCAUAGUGUCUUUUAUUCAGGAAGAGCAGCCAUGGCUCUUCCCGCUGCCUUUCUCUCGGAAGAACAGUUCACCUGCUCAAUAUGUCUGGAGAUGUUCAAGAACCCAGUCUCCACCCCGUGUGGCCACAGCUUCUGCCAGUCCUGCCUCUCUACCUACUGGGACGGCAGAGGAAGAGGGCAGGCUGCAAAGGCUUACCAGUGUCCGCUGUGCAAAGAGUCCUUCAGCAACCGGCCAGAGCUCCAGAUAAACCGAACCUUGAGGGAAAUCACCGAACAGUUCAAGCAGAUGUCACAGUCUGACGGGGGAGCCGGAGGAGGAGGGGAACAUCUCGGCUUGAGGGCCCAACAAUCAGGCCCGUCUCCACCAGCGAGACCGGGGGAGAUGCCAGAACGUCUCCUGGUAGAAAUGAUGGCACGUUUCCAGGGGCUGACGCCGCCGUCGCCUCACCAGGGCUUCCAGACGCAGAACAACCACGACCCGCCGCCACCCUACUCCCCCUCUCUCAGGCACGGCGCCGCUCAGAGUCUCCCUGAUGUCCAACCCAACCUGCCGCUGUGUCCCAUCCACAUGAGAGGCCUGGAGUUCUUCUGCCGCACUGACAACAUGUGUGUGUGCAGUGUGUGUGUGGAGAUGGCAGACCACCGAGGUCACAGCGUCGCCCCUGCUCAAAGAGAGUGGCACAUUAAGAAGUCGCAGUUAGGACUCCAUGAGAUGGAGUUGAAAGAGCUCAUCUGCGCGAGAGAGAGGAAAGUGGAAGAAAUACGCAACUCCAUUCGGGAAAUAAAGGCUGCGGCGGAGAUGGAGACAGAUGGAGUUGUUUGUGCUUUGACGAAGCUAAUCUCUACAGUGGAGCAUUGCCAAUCCAGAAUCUUGGAGGUGAUAGAGAUGACUGUCACAACAGCAGAGAGCAGAGCUCGGAGUUUGCUGAAAGAGCUGGAGGAGGAGAUCGCUGCCCUGAAGAAGAGGAGCGCAACUCUGGGCCAGCUGGCUGUUUCUGAAGAUUAUGUGCUGUUUUUUAAGACAUUUCCUGCCUUGUCCUCGCCCCCACAGGCGAAGGACUGGUCCAACGUCUCCGUGUCGUCUCAGUCCACCUCUGAAGGGAUUCUCAGGACCAUCAGUAAGAUGGUGGAGCGACUCCAGCUGGACCUGCAGAACCUGCCAGAAGCCCGCCAACAACAACCGUCACCAGCUCCGCCGCUCCCUCGGCCAAUCCCGAGAAUAAGAAGAAUUCAGGAAUUAUCAGAGGACAUCACCCUGGACCCCAGCACAGCUCACCCGCGCCUCAUCAUCUCAGCGGAUGGAAAGCAGGUCCAGUGCGGCGACCGCCAUCAGCUGGUCCCAGACAACCCAGAGCGGUUUGACCGCGUGGUGUGUGUGAUGGCCCAUCAGGGAUUCACCUCAGGACGCCAUUACUGGGAGGUGGAUGUCAGCAGUAAAACCGACUGGGACCUGGGAGUAGCCAGCCGGUCCGUCAUUAGAAAGGGUAAAAUCCCAGUGAGCCCCGCCCACGGCUACUGGUUCCUCAGCCUGCGGGAUCGGACCGACUACGCCUUCAGAACGGAUCCGGCCACCAGCCUGACAGUCGCCACCAGACCGUCGCGGGUCGGCGUCUAUAUAGACUGUGAUAAAGGACUGUUGUCCUUCUACAACGUGGAGACCAAGCUGAUCAUCUUUACUUACACAGACAGUUUUAAAGACACCAUCCAUCCGUUCUUCAGCCCCUGCACCAACAAAUCAGGGCAGAACGCGGCUCCUUUAGUAAUCUGUCCUACUGCAGUGACAGAAUGAAUGAGCCAGUGUUCAUAAUCUUCACUUAUGUUGAAUACCAGAGCUCAUUGUAAAUGUUUCUAUUGCAGAAAUCUGAAUUUUACUUCGUUUUUAGUGAAUGCUGAAAGAAAUAUUCAACCUUAAAGAGUGUGAGAAAGUCAAAAUGACUUCAGAUUGUAUGUAAAGAUUAAAAAACUACUGGCAGCUGCUGUCAGUUUGUUUUUACCGUUUCCUGAAAGGUGCGAUGCGAUUUAAUGGAUGUAACGUAGUAAUAUACUAUAGCUCUCAAACACCCCUGUUGAAAUAUUAGCAUUUUGUGUUGUAAAUAAAUCAUUUGAAAACAUAUUUCUCAAAAUAAUGUGAUUUUUUUAUACUGAACAAUUCAACUGCAAAUCAAACAAAUCUCUUACAAGGAAUAUCAGAGUUAAAGAAAAAACUAUAAUAAACUGGUUCACUUUCUAUUUACAUGCUUAAAAUUGUACUUUAAAUAUGUUUUGCUUUAAUCAUAAUUCUAUUUCAGCUUUGACUUAUUGAAAAUGUUUUUUAUCCAAAGUGAAGUCACCAUUACUCCCUUUGUUUGUCCGAAGCUGGUUCCAAAGUGUCCAGCAGGUGGCACUGUGGUUUCUUAUUUGUAAGAGUUAAGCCGCAUAUACUGUAUGUGCCUUUAUAUCUGCGCAACAGCCGUUGGUCCCGAUCUGAAGCUGUAAAGAUAACAGCAAAAAACUUCAUAACUUGGUAAGAUGACCUAGGAAUAAUCUAUAGUGUUGGUAGACAAAAACUAACAUAUAUGUAUAUAUAUACGUAUAUAAAUGAAUCUUGGUUAAAUCCCACUGAAUUCGGACGAAACAGCGCCAUCUGCUGUCGCUGGUUGUACCUGAACUAGCAGGACUUCUCAAGACGAGCUAAUGUGUUUGCGAAUGACUGUAGACAAAAUAUAAUAUUUGAGUCAUGGUACAGUUAACAGCUAGCUAUAUUAUGUUGUGUAUUAUGCUCCUUGUUUUGUUUUCGCCAUGUUUUGCUGGUAGUUACAGUUGAAUUUUAUUGUAUUUUGUUCGACUUUAUGUUAACGUGUUCAGCUAAGCUAGAAGCUAACUGUAUUGCGGUUUUCCAGGUAAAACUGAUCUCCUGCACAAUUUCGCUAAUCUAUCCACAACUGCUGUGAUAUUUUUCACAGGUACGUUACUGUGUACAAUUUGGAAAUGUUGUGAAAAUGUUCUGAUAACUUUUAUAGUUUUAUAAUUUUAUUGUUCACAUGUUUGUUGUACAAUAU